AAGGGCAAAACCCUCCAGCGCCGCCCGCGUCUCUCUUCUGUUUUUCGUUUUCUUGUUUUCUUAUCUCCUUACACUCUUCGGAGAAGGAAGAACCCUAAUCUCAAGAUGAAUCGUGAAAAGUUGAUGAAGAUGGCUAACACCGUCCGCACUGGCGGAAAGGGUACAGUCAGAAGAAAGAAGAAGGCUGUGCACAAGACCAAUACAACUGAUGACAAGAGGCUCCAAAGCACCUUGAAGAGAAUUGGAGUUAACUCCAUUCCAGCAAUUGAAGAAGUUAACAUCUUUAAGGAUGAUGUUGUUAUUCAAUUCAUCAACCCCAAGGUUCAAGCUUCGAUUGCUGCAAACACAUGGGUUGUUAGCGGUUCUCCUCAGACCAAAAAAUUGCAAGAUAUCCUUCCUCAGAUUCUCAGCCAACUCGGACCAGACAACAUGGACAACCUAAAGAAGCUAGCAGAGCAGUUCCAGAAACAAGCUCCUGGUGAAGGUAAUGCCUCAGCAACCAUACAAGAGGAGGAUGAUGACGAUGUCCCAGAGCUAGUUGGAGAGACAUUCGAAGCUGCUGCUGAAGAGAAAGUACCAGCUGCUGCUUCUUCUUAGAGAGGAAAAGAGCGAGACCACAUCAAAAAAAAUGAACCGCACUUUGAUUUUUACAUAUCUUUAUAAUAUGUUUGUUCGCUCGAUCGUUUUUGUAGUUUCCGACCAGAAUCUUGUUUCCCCUCUAAUGACUUAAGGUUUUAUCCAAUUA